UACUUCUGCAUGAGCCACAAGUGCUGCUUGGAAAGGGCUCAGGUUGUUUCCAGGGGAAGAGCUCAGUGGAGACAAAGUUCAGCAAGACAACAAAGGAGCAGCAGAAACAGCCAGGAAAACGAAGAGCCCUCCCGGUCGUCCCACAGAACACCCCCAUCAGAGUUCUCAAAUCCUGCAGUGUUUUGCAAAGUGCCACUUGACCGGAACGUUUGGCCUGCCUUUUCCUUUCUGGAGCCACCAUGACUGAGAUUACUGCUGAAGGAAACGCAUCCACAACUACGACUGUUAUAGACAACAAAAAUGGAUCUGUGCCCAAAUCCCCUGGGAAAGUGCUGAAGAGGACAGUCACAGAAGACAUAGUGACCACGUUCAGCUCCCCGGCAGCCUGGCUUCUGGUCGUUGCUCUGAUAGUCACGUGGUCAGCUGUUGCUGUUGUUAUGUUUGAUUUAGUGGACUACAAAAACUUUUCAGCAAGCUCUAUUUCCAAGAUUGCCUCAGAUCCUCUGAAGUUUGCACAUCACGCUGUGGAGGAAACCACGGACUGGGUCUAUGGCUUCUUUUCUUUGUUGUCUGACAUCAUCUCAUCUGAGGGUGAUGAAGAAGAAGACGAUGAUGGGGAUGAGGACACUGAUAAAGGAGAAAUAGAGGAGCCUCCCUUGAAAAAAAAAGAAAUGCACAAAGAAAAAAGUGAAAAGGAGGAAAAGCCUGAAAGGAAAGUACAAACAAAAGUUACACACCGAGAAAAAGACAAAGGAAAAGGAAAAGAAAAAGAAAAACCUGAAAAGAGAGCAACUCACAAGGAAAAAAUUGAGAAAAAAGAAAAACCAGAAACAAAGACAGUGGCAAAAGAAGAGAAGAAAACUAAGACUAAGGAGAAGACAGAAGAAAAGACGAAAAGGGAACUGAAAAGUGGGAAACAGGAGAAAGUGAAGCAAACAGCUGCAAAAGUAAAAGAAGUACAGAAAGCACCACCCAAACCCAAAGAGAGGGAAGAGAAAGAGACCGUAGCUGUGUCCAAGCAUGAACAGAAAGAUCAGUAUGCAUUCUGUCGAUAUAUGAUUGACAUGUUUGUCCAUGGGGAUUUAAAACCAGGUAUUCCAAACAAUUCUUGUAUUUGUCUGUUUUAAUAGUCUUUGUUUCUAAGAUUGUCAGCUUUUUUAUGUACUAAGCUGUAUUUUCUUUUUUUAAAAUAUUGCAUAAUGCAUGGUUAGAUCUAGAAUAAAAUCAAUAAAAAGAAUUAAUAACCCACAUUAGGGCUUUUAAUUUUACCUUCUAGUACUGCAUGGCCUAUUGUAGUCAACUGAAAGCUAAAAAAGUGCUAAUAUCUUUAUAUACAAAAAUGCUAAUAUCUUUAAUAAUAUCUUGGAGUGAAAAGUGAAUCAUCUUGUUUUAUCUCUGGUAAACUUAGAGAAAAAGACCUAAGACAAAUAAACAGUCCAUAUUUAUUUAGUAGUGAGCAAAAUUCACAUUAAAACUCAUCACACUUUAAAUAUUCAAUUUUUUUUCAGAACUGGUUAUCUCACAUAUGUAUAAACUUGAGUUAGUUGCUCCAGAGAACUACUGCUGAUGGAGAUAGUCAUACUUGGAGUAAAUAAUCAAUGCAAUAGAGAACUAUAUUUUUACUUAAAGAAAUUUAUCUAUUAUUUCUUCUAUCUUUGUUACCCAGAGUGUAACAAAUAAUUCUUUAUUAACAUCUUAAUUAAGAAUGAGUAACUUGUUUGAGUGUGCUAUGUCUUUAAAAUAUUUUAUUGAAUUUAUUGGAGUGACACUAGUUAAUAAAAUUAUAUAGGUUUCAGGUGUACAGUUCUGUACCACAUUAUUUGUAUAUUGUAUAGUGUGUUAACCACCUCAAGCUGAAGAAGGCUUGACACAUGCUAUACUUUUUGCAGCUUUAAAAGUUGAUGAUACUAUGGAAAUGUUUCUAAGAAGUUGGUAUUAUUAAGGAAAGAACUAAUUUAUAUUAGCAUAAUUGAAGCAGAUUGUUUAAAGAAAGCUGUAUCUUGGUUUUCCAAGUGUUUUUAUGGAAAUCUUUAUAAAAUGUAUUGUUAUAAUUUAUGCAUAUAUUGGCAAACAGGCAUACCAUGUCUAGAACAACUAUAUAACACAUCUAGGUCCUAGAAAAUUAGAAGAUCACAAGAACUUUCCCUUUCAGGAAAAAAUUAUUUAAUUCCAGUAACAUUCAAGUUUAUUUCUUCUUCCCCCUCCUCCUCUUCUUCAUUUUCUUAUUCUUCUUUUCUUUUUCUUUUAAUUUUCUUAAUGAGCUAGAAACUGAAA